AUGUUUGAUAUAAUAGAUUCAGAAAAAGACUUUUCAAAAGGUAUAUCACCGUACAGACUCAUUAAGGGCGAAUUCGAUGUUUGCCAGCCAUAUUUCAGAGCCAAGAAAGAAGCGACCCUGGAUGCUCCUGCAACGAAGAGGCGAAGAAAAAACAAGCCUAAGAAUCCAAGCAAUGCUGAUUUAGAUACACAAAAGAGGCACCAAGAAGUGAGGCCGCAACUCAUUGCAUGCUUAGAGCAGCUGCCUGAAAAAUGGCCAACUGAAUGGAAAGCCAGGACCACGCCUGCUAUAGCAGAUUUACCUGCUGAUAAUGAGACUCAGGCUGUUGAUUUCCCUAGUAUCCAGCAAAUGGUGGAAACAGCGCAAGAUAAAUUCAGCUUCGACACUUCUCCAGAUGAUGACAAUGAUAUACAUGUGCCAGAAUUCAAACUAGAAUUGUCAAUUACAGCCGAAAUUGACAUAUUUUCCAUCUUCAACACAGUGUAUAUCAAUGCAUCUUUGACAGAUGUCAAAUUGCUGCAAUUUACGCCAUCUGCAACCUACCUUAUACCGCCGAGAUCAUCCUUUUUAAUGGGAUCAAUGCAUAACAGCUUAGGUCAACUGGGCGCACACAUCAAUAAGUUGGGUGGAGCAGAUUUGAUUGUGAUGGAUCCGCCAUGGCCCAAUAAAAGUGUCCAAAGAUCAUCACAUUACGAAACGCAAGACAUUUAUGACCUCUACUCGAUCCCAAUGCAAUCCAUGAUAUCCAACAAAGACACAAUAGUUGCAAUUUGGGUCACAAACAAACCAAAAUUCAGAAAUUUCAUCAUCAACAAACUCUUUCCAUCUUGGAAACUGGAGUGCGUUAGUGAAUGGAUGUGGCUCAAGGUGACAACUCAAGGCGAAUGCAUAUUUCCUAUCGAUUCAGAACACAAAAAACCAUAUGAACAGCUGAUUAUCGGUAGGCCUAUUGCGCCGAGUGACAUGAGCGAUCGAAUCAACAUGCCAGAGUCGCACAUCAUUGUCAGUGUGCCGAGCACAAGACAUUCUCGAAAGCCACCUUUGCAUGGUGCUCUCAAUGCCUACCAGAACAACAAGAAGGACCCUGUCUGUGUGGAAAUGUUUUCUCGAUGCCUUUACCCUGGUUGGAUCAGUUGGGGAAACGAGUGUUUAAAAUUCCAGCAUUUGAGCUUCUUUGAUAAGGAGGACUCAUUGAAAGGGCCUGAAUGA